AUGGCAGCCGCAGAAGUUCUCCGGCGAGAAGUGCCCGUAGUCAGACAUCUCCUUAACCUUCGUCGUCUCUACUCUAAUCACUUCAAUCUCUCUCUAAAGUCGUCGCCUUUUUCUGAAUCCGAAACCAAAUCGAAAUCAAAUUCUCAGUCUACGAAUGCCAUUUCAGUUUUCCAGCAAGCCGUCGACUCCGGUGGGUCUCUCACGUUCGCCGGAAACAAUCUCGCGGCAACACUGGUACGCUCUAAGAACUACGAACUAGCAUUUUCCGUUUACCGGAAGAUGAUUGAGACUAAUACAUUCAUCAAUUUCGUAUCGCUUAGUGGGUUGCUUGAAUGUUUUGUGCAAUUACAUAAGAUUGGAUUCGCGCAAGGGGUUCUGGCUUUGAUGUUAAAGCGUGGGUUUAGUAUCAAUGUUUACAAUCUUAAUAUCCUCUUAAAGGGUUUUUGCAAGAAUCUCGAAUUUGGUAAAGCUGUUAGUUUGCUUAGAGACAUGAGACUUAGUUCUCUGGUGGUUCCUGAUGUUGUUAGCUAUAACACUGUGAUACGAGGUUUAUGCGAAGGGAAAGAGUUGGAUAAAGCGUUGCGAUUAGCGUAUGAAAUGGAAGGUAGUGACUGUUCUUGGAAUUUGGUGACUUGGGGGAUUUUGAUUGAUGCGUUUUGCAAGGCUGGUAAGAUGGAAGAAGCGAUGGGGUUGCUUAAAGAGAUGAGAUUUAAGGGUUUAGAGGCAGAUCUUGUUGUGUAUACUUCGUUAAUUCGAGGGUUUUGUGAUUGUGGUGAGUUAGAUAGAGGGAAGGCACUUUUGGAUGACAUAGUGGAGAAAGGGGAUUCUCCCUCUGCAAUUACGUAUAACACUCUUCUUCGAGGUUUUUGCAAGAUAGGAAAGUUGAAAGAAGCUUCACAGAUGUUUGAGGUUAUGAUGGAGCGUGGAGUUCGGCCAAAUGUUUAUACCUAUACGGGUCUAAUUGAUGGCCUUUGCGGAAUAGGGAACACUAAAGAAGCCUUGAAACUUUUAAACCUGAUGUUAGACAAGGAUGAAGAACCGAACGUUGUGACGUAUAACAUUAUUCUUAACAAGCUGUGCAAAGAGGGCCUUGUGGCGGAUGCUUUAGAGGUUGUUGAAUUAAUGAAGAAGAGGGGUACAAGGCCUAAUAUCAUUUCAUACAACAUAUUACUCAGUGGACUCUGCGCCAAAGGUGACUUAGACGAAGCACGUAAGCUUCUCUUUUUGAUGCUGAAUGAUAGGAAUUAUGCUGAUCCAGAUGUCAUAUCGUUUAAUACUCUAAUCCAUGGACUGUGCAAGAAAAACAGUCUCCAUCAAGCUUUGGAUAUUUAUGAUUUGCUGGUUGAGAAAUUGGGUGCUGCAGAUAUAGUAACUACUAAUAUAUUACUUAAUAGCACUCUCAAGUCUGGAGAUGUAACCAAGGCAAUGGAACUUUGGAAACAAAUUCAUGAUUCCAAAAUCGUUCCAAACUCAGAUACCUACUCUACUAUGAUUGAUGGGUUUUGCAAAACAGGGAUGCUUAAUAUUGCUAUAGGAUUGUUUUGUAAAAUGAGAGGGUCUGAGUUACGGUCUAGAGUUAUCGAUUAUAACUGUCUAAUGUCAUCGUUAUGCAAAGAGGGAAACUUGGACCAGGCAUGGAGAUUAUUCGAGGAAAUGCAGCGUGACGACAGUUGUCCAGACAUUGUUACUUUCAAUAUUAUGAUUGAUGGAAGUCUUAAAGAAGGGGAUAUUGAAUCUGCAGAGUCACUUCUUGUUGGGAUGUCUCGAGCUGGUGUUUCCCCUGAUUUAUUUACUUAUUCCAUGUUGAUAAAUAGGUUCCUGAAACUUGGAUAUUCAGACAAAGCUAUCGGUUUCUUUGACAAAAUGGUUGAGAGCGGCUUUGAACCUGAUGCUCAUAUUUGCGAUUCUGUGUUGAAGUAUUGUAUCUCAGAGGGAGAAACAGUAAAGUUGAAAGACGUUGUCGAAAAACUGGUGGAGAAAAAUAUUGCCCUCGACAAAGAACUGAUGUUUACGGUCAUGGAAUACAUGUGUAGUAGCUCACCAAACAUGGAUCUUGCAAAGCGGUUGCUAAGAGUAGCAGAUGAAUAG